CGUUAUAUGAAUUCUGUGUGCCGAACGCGCCAAGAAGUGUUUACGCGCGAAAGCUGCAGGUGUCAGUUGCAGAGGACCGGGAUUCUUGUGCGUGAAGGCUUUAAUCUUGUUGUUCACGGUACGCUACAAUUUGACAGAUGCCGACUGCCACUGCAACACUCCGGUUUGUGAAGCUAACGGAAAAUGCAUUUGCUCCUUCGAAAGAAUCUUCAACAGCAGCGGGAUAUGACCUGAAAAGUGCUUAUGAUAUAGUCGUCCCUCCACGUGGAAAAGAACUUGUGAAAACUGACAUAAAGAUACAACUGCCUAAAGGUUGCUAUGGGAGAAUAGCUCCACGGUCAGGUCUAGCUUUAAAACAUCACAUCGACGUCGGAGCUGGUGUUGUUGAUGAGGACUACAGAGGAAAUGUUGGCGUCGUUCUUUUUAAUCAUUCGGAUAAGCCCUUCAACGUUCAGCGUGGCGACAGAAUAGCACAGCUAAUAUGUGAACAGAUAUUCUAUCCAGAUCUGGAGGAAGUUCAGGAACUAGAAGAGACUGAUCGUGGCUCUGGUGGAUUUGGUUCAACAGGCACAAAAUGAAGUUCCAUUUCUGCAGUCAGUGCAUUAUCCUUACAUUAAGUGGUAAUUUUUCUGAUCUGUUUUUUUCUACGUUGGAUUUGUUUGUUCAUUGCAGUAUUUUAUAGUUUUAAAUGCAUUUCUUGUUUGUGAUGUUUAAAAGUAGUGAAAAUAGGGAUUACCUGGACAAUUUUUUUGUCUUUCCUUGAAGUUUUAAAUUAAAGAUGUGUUUGUAAAAUUUUUAUUCAUGCAUCUGGGAUAAAAAAGUACAAAAAAUUCAAUCUUUCUAUUUUAACAAUACAUACUCAUUUUAUAGAACUGGAAAGAACUUUGAACUUGAUUUUGGACAACGUAACACCUGUGGUUGUUAACUAGACUAUAUGUCGGGGUUAAGUGGACUUCUGUUAAAUAAAUAAACGACAGCACACUAAAUAUAAAAACAUGCUGCAACAUUAGCAAAUGUGUUUGAUGUGUGAAUGGGGAGAAAUCAUAGCAGUAACAAAACUAGUGCACGCUGACUUCAACAACAGAUAUCAUAUCAAGCCAUCAUGCCCUGUGUUGGAUUGGAUAGUUUGACAAUUAUUUCACAUGGAGAAACAAUGGUGGUGUCUUCCUCUGCAGCUCCAAAUUUUGUAAUAGCAACUGCUACUGUAUGUUCUAAAAUUUAACUUCACAGCAGCCAUCACAUUUUAAUGACUUCAACAACAUAAUUGUGACUACUUGUGGCAGUUUUUCCUCAUACUUUAAUUACAGUGAAAUCAUCUUUCUGUACGGAUUCAACAUUUUGUUCAGCAUCCUUUUACAGAUUAGUGACAGAAGAGUCAAUAUACUGAACAUAAGUCUUUGAAUUGCUUGCUUAUUUUCAAAUAUUUGGCAUUUGGUGGAAUACUUUACCUUGUGUAACUUAUGCUUCUUUACUAAUGGCUUUGCUCUUGUCCUGUUGUUAGUUUUCCUAUUUUUUACUACUUCCCAUUGUUUCACCAACCUUAGGAUGUGGCCAAACUUGCACAGAUGUAAUUUUGUAGGUUGAUCUUUUGACAUGUCAUAUGCAUGUAUGUUUGCAUCGUCUUCCUGUGAACAAUCUGCUGUUUCUUACUGAACUGGUAGAGGUCUGUCUGUUGCAUAACAAAACAGUUUGGUAAAUAUAUUCUGAACAUAAUGGUUCAGUACCACUGACACUAGUCUUCAAAGACGUUGAAAGAUCAUAAAUAUCAAAGGACAUUUAAAAAGUGCAGCAUCGUCUAUGCUAACCCUCAUUGCAUUGGCUGAUGUUCGUGUGAAAUCAAGAGCAUGCACUGUUAAAAGCCUUUAGAGGUCCAAAUACUGUCAAAUCUAAGAGCUGCAUCUCAUGACUGCUGUGAGUAGGAAAAGGUAACAAAAGAAUGUCACUGCCUUAAACUUAAUUGAAGGUAUCAGUAUUGUGUGACUUAUGGUUGUCCAGACUAAUUUUGGUGCAUGUUCCACAAAAUAUUUUAAUAUUGAUGCAUCACUCAUCCCCUUCAAUUGGCUUCUCCUCCACUUCUCUAAAACAAAUAAAGGUUGCACUACUUUUCCUGUAGCUACUACAGAUUCUGUUGAACACACACACAUACGUGCACGCAAAAUUACUGGGCAGAUAUUUGACUUAUGUUUCUUGGUCAGUAUUAUAGACGGCACGUGAACUGUCGUCACUCUUGUCUCAUCAAGAUUGUAAACAUCUCAUGAACCAAAUUAAAAAUCUUGCUUUUCUAUCUCGCAAUUUAUUAUGGAAUAAAGCCACUGUUCAAUAUUUGCUCUGUGUCUGUAGUGUCAGAUUAUGGCUCUGCCAAAAAGCAGCGAGCCAGCUUUCUUCGGCUGUUUUCCCAAUUUUAAUCUUCUGUUUGCUGUGACCCAAAAGUAAGUUUUGGUGAGCUGUCAUGAAUGUUGAAACAUUUUCUGACCACCAUAUGCCCUUCAUCCAUAGAAAAGAAAAAAUACCUUGUAGGUGUUCAUUCUGAUGGUAAAAGUUCAAUUUUGAGGUAUCUCCUGCAGCUCUGAAUCUCCCAGUGCAGUGUUUCAAUGUAAUAAGAGAAAUAUCAGCGUGCACUGCAGCUUGACUGUCUGAUGUCUCUCCACUUGCUAUUUAUUUUAAGAUUUUUCAGGUCUGUUACAGCAUAUAACCUAUUUUGUGUUGUACAUAGACAAUUUUUAGGUUUUUCUAAAGAGAAAAUUUAAGAAAAGGUUUUUGUAUUGAAAGUGCAAAUUUUAUAAAUGUGAAUUUAUUUCACAUUUGCAUCAAAUUUAUUUUCUUCCAUAAACAAUUUUUUGGGGUUAAUUGAAACAAUCUGCUACAGCUCAAAAAUUACUGGUCCACUUAACCCUAUCUUAAUUUUAGGAACAGUUUCCAAAAUGACUCCAUGUGUAGCUUAUAUUUCAUGGAGUUUUGCAAAGCAAUAACAGCUGAAUUUUACUCAAACUGACAAAACUGUGUACUAUUACUAAUUAAAAUGAUAAUUUUAGUUGUGAAAACAAAAUUAUUCUUACCUGUGGAUUUUACUACUUCAUCCAUACCUGUGAAUGUAGCUAUUUACAGCAGCCACAUUAGCUCACACAGUACAGAGAGAAAAUCUUUGUGUGUGUUAAUGUAAUAGUUCAGUUAACCUUUAACUCCUGAAUAUAGGUUUGAAUCUCACACAUAAUUACAAAGUGUGUAACAUCCUUAUGAAAACUAUCAAGUUAUCAAAAACUUUUAUUGUGUUUUGUGAAGUUUGUUGAAUUUGUCUUAUUCCUUGUGUUGUUUGAUAAUAAAGAAUGGCUCAGCACAA